CCCUCUGCGUACCGCUCCUCCUGGCAGGCUCGCGCGGAUUCUGCAGAAUGGUGGAAGAAUGCGGUCUUCUCCGUAACUACUUCGCUACCUGUGGCUGUAAAUGUACGUAGUGGACGCUCGGGGGAUAUUUAUUUUUCCUAACCCUUCGCCAUCAUGGGGUUUAAGUGAUUUAAACAGAAAACUGCUUCGUCUUUUGCCUGCAUGCUUGGAUGUAUUUUUUCCACAGACUUCUGAGUUACCCUCACGUGCACACUUGUAGUUUUUAUUUAGAGGGCGUUUCCUGCCGAUUGAAGAGCUGUGCGCGACGUUCUCAGCUUACUCAUUUGUCUGCUGGACGUUUUGAGAGCCGAGGGGGGCUGUCAGAGCUGCUGGUGUAGUCUGGAGGGGGGUGGCCAGCCAGCUGCCUCUGCGCUACCGCUCGUCUCGCCUCCCCCUCCACAACACGGGACAAGAGGAAGACGAAGGGAGGCAGGAGGAACCGGAGUGGAAAUCUGGACUCAUACGGCGGUAAAAUGACGAUGUCCGUCCCGGAGAGGAAAUCGGGCUCGGAAGGGAAGGAGGAGGAGAGCGAGGAUGAGAGUGAGAUCCUGGAGGAGAGUCCGUGUGGCCGCUGGCAGAAGCGGAAAGAGCAGGUCAGUCAAGGUAAUGUUCCAGGUGUGGAGAGUGCGUCUCUGGCCAUGGACACUGAGGAAGGGGUGGAGGUGGUGUGGAAUGAAGUGCUCUUCUCCGACAAGAAGGUCUUCAAAGCACAGGAGGAGAAGAUCAAGGAGAUGUUUGAGAACUUGAUGCAGGUCGAACACCCCAACAUCGUCAAGUUCCACAAGUACUGGUUAGACAUGAAAGAGACCCAGGCUCGGGUCAUCUUCAUCACUGAAUACAUGUCGUCAGGCAGCCUGAAGCAGUUCCUGAAGAAGACUAAGAAGAACCACAAGACCAUGAAUGUGAAGGCCUGGAAAAGAUGGUGCACCCAGAUUCUGUCGGCGCUCAGUUAUCUGCACUCCUGUGACCCGCCAAUAAUCCAUGGCAACCUGACCUGUGACACGAUCUUCAUCCAGCACAAUGGCCUCAUCAAGAUUGGCUCAGUGUGGCACCGGCUGUUUGUUAAUGUGUUCCCAGACGCAAGCGUCCACAAUAAAGGACGGCAACACCGGGACGAGCAGAGGAACCUUCACUUUUUUGCUCCAGAAUAUGGAGCUGGUGAAGAUGACUACUCUAUAGACAUCUUCUCUUUUGGCAUCUGCGCUCUAGAGAUGGCGGUGCUGGAAAUCCAGGCCAAUGGAGACAUCGCAGUGUCCAAAGAGGCCAUUGUCAAUGCGGGCCAAUCUCUGGAAGACCCUCUCAUGAGGGAGUUCACACAGUCCUGUUUACGCCACGACCCCAAGCACCGUCCUACAGCGCACGACCUCCUGUUCCACAGAGUCUUAUUCGAGGUCCACUCCCUCAAACUGCUCGCCGCCCACUGCCUCAUCAACAACCAGUACUUGCUUCCAGAGAACUGCGUGGAAGAGAAAACCAAGUCUUUCGACCCCAACGCCGUCAUGGCAGAGAUCAAACACGACAACAGGCCAGGAGUUCAGCUCAAGUAUUCCCAUGUUUCUCCUUUGGAACUUGACAAAUUUCUGGAGGAUGUCAAAAACGGGAUUUACCCGCUGAUGAACUUCGCCUCGUCCCGGCCUCAUCCCGUCCCUCGAGCUCUGUCCUUGUCUCAGGAGCAGGUUGAGACUGUGAAGACACCGACUCCUGAACCUCAGGAGACAGAGACAAGAAAGGUCGUUCAGAUGCACUGUAGUUUGGAGUCGAAUGAAGAUGGAACCAAAACUCAUGUGAGUCACAUUGUCCUCCAGCUCUCAUUGUUCCUGAAGAUGGAUGACAAACUUCACAAGCAGCUUAGCUGUGACAUCCUUCCAACGGACACACCAAAAGACCUUGCUGGUGAACUUGUUCAUUACGCCUUCAUAAAUGAGGAUGACAGUGAGAGGGUGGCGGGGUUCCUGGAGGACGCCAUUAACCGACAUCGGGUCCAAGCACUCGCCUCUGAGAGCACACAGUGAAGACGGGUCACGAUGGCAGCUGGCCCAGACUGAAGGGCCUCGGGCUGAGGACCACAAAGGUGGAGAAAGAGGGGGGGAGGGGGGCAGCAAGUAGGGUCACAAAGCUGCUAGAUCAGGAGCAGAAGACCCAGCUGGGGAGACAAAACAGGACAGAUGCUGAGCUUUGAGCCUCGGUAAAAUUUCCCAGUUUGAUGGAGAAACUGAAGGUGCCUCUGAUUGGAGGAUUGGAAGCUUCACGGCGGACCCCAGCAACCCCACGGAGUGGUGUAAGAUCCACAAGGUCCCCGUCUUAAAGGGCUAGCACGCCUUAAGAUAUCCUGAAACGUCUCUGCUUUGCCACUAUUGAGAACAGAUUUGUUUUACCUACAGCAGCUAACGUUUCAGAUGGACGUUCUAUUAAUUCAUGCCUCAUUUGCACUCCCAACGCCCGUUUUUAAUGAUUCACACUGAAUUGUACUCUAAAUGAUUUCUCUCUGUCUCCUUUAAAAGCCUUCAAUUCCGUCACCGUUUUAGGAAUUCAAUAUUUCAUCCAUCAUGCACUGUUAAUACUCAUUCAGCCGACUUAUUUAUUUCUGUUUGUAACUGUGAACAAUAGAAGCAUUGCACACGUCUCUUUGCUACUUCCUUUAUCUCUCUGAUGUGCAGAAUAACCCCUCUCUUCUGGUACAUGCACCCCUGGGUUAAAGGCUACUUCUCACACACUAAAUGCACGUAAACGAGCUCAGAGGCGACGCCGCUCUUACAGCCGGUAGUGCUCUUAAGGGUUUUCCCUGUGAAAGUGUUCUGAAAGCCAAAGACCUGCAAAGUGCCUAAUAUGGCAAUGUGCUUAGAAGAAAAUCUACUCAUGAAACUACUUUGUACCCAACGUUACAAUUUGGAGAUUAAAGUCAUCUUUCAGAUUUGCUCCCAUUUCUCAAUCUGGAAUCCAUAAGAUCAGCCUGACCUGAAACCGAUCCUGAUUAAAGAGCUUAAAGAGAAGUUAUUGAUGCAGUUUGUCAAUAAAAUUAGGAUUGAGGCACAAAAAAUGACAUGAAGAGCGUUGGGUACAUCAACAUAGUAAAAAAUUGCCAUAUUUUUGUUAAAUAUCACUGAUAUUUUAGUAAAGUUGACUUGUAAAUAUAUAUAUAGGAAUAUCGGAAAGGCAAAAUCAACCCAAAUAUUUUGGAAUUUUAUUGUAUUUUUACAAUUUUUUGCUUCAUCUGCACUAUAUGAUUGUGUUUCUUUUUUUUCUUAUCAGAAUAAAGUAGCUAUUUUCUUUAGGACAUUGAAAAUCUGGGUUUUGAGCAUUCACAGCUCUUAACCUCACAGCUACUGUGCUUUUAUUCCUGACAAUAUUCAUGUGAAAUACAAAACUAGUUGCAUUGCAGGCAGAAAAUUAAAAGUAUUGUAAAUUUCUGCCUGAUUUUCAAACAUCUGGGUGGAUUUUGCCUCGACACAAAAGAAAAAAGAUAAAAAUGCACAAAAAUUUUAAUUUUUGGAUCAAUCUUUAGUAACUGUUAUGUUUUUCUCAGACUAAAUUAGCUCUACUGUGUUUGCCUACUGGAUCUAGAAGGUUGCAACUUCAGAAUUUAGCUUCUGUACAGUCAUUGCUUACAGUUCUCCUUAUACUCCUCAAGCCCACUUAUCAGUGUGUCUGUAAUGACGGGAAUCCUCCCAGACAGCAGGACUGUGGUGUUAAUAAAUACAUACAUACAUACAUACAUACAUUCAUACAUACAUACUUACAUGUGUUAAAAACAGGGUUCCUUUGAACUAAACCUGAACACAACUGGUAAAACUGCAUGUCUUAAUAACCUGAAACCAUUCAGAACUUUACAUUCUGCCUUUUGUCCGUCACAGUGGAGUUCCAGAGCGAAGCGGACCAACAACAUGAAUGUUCAAACAGUACAAGAAUAUAAAACAUGUCAUGCAUAUCAGUCUAAUUUCUUUUUCUCGUGUAUUAGUUAAAUGCUCUUUUCUUUUGCCUUUGGAUGUGUUAAAUCUUUGUUAAAUAUUGUAGCAUCUGCAUUUAAAAAUAUAAUAAACAUGAUGUGACAUGUUGAUUCAUGUCUGAGAUUA